AUGCCAUCGACCCAACUGGGUCGUGCCUGGGUCCCCAGCGUGACCCGUCGUGCCUGGAUCCCCGACGCGCCUGCUACAGCAGCACUACCUGUCGCGCCUGUACGCAGGGCGCGUCCACAUGUCAUCUUCACGGGAAACGCACCCUUCGGGGAGGUGAACAUUCAUCUUGAAGAAUCACAUAUCUCAAAGCUUCCGUACUUACAAGCAACUGGAAAGGAAACUUUUCGCUUGCACCCACCUACUCCAUUACUGCCACGCAAGUCAGAUGUUGAUGUUGAAAUAAGUGGCUUCAUGGAGCCUAAAAGUGCACAAAUUAUGGUUAAUGUAUGGGCCAUGGGGAGAGAUUCAAGUAUUUGGAAAAACCCAAAUCAGUUUAUACCAGAAAGAUUCUUGGACAAUGAGAUUAAUUUUAAAGGCCAACAUUUAGAGCUAAUACCCUUUGGAGCUGGAAGAAGGAUCUGUACUGGUUUGCCAUUUGCUUAUAGGACACUGCACAUUGUAUUGGCCUCUCUUCUAUACAACUAUGAUUGGAAACUUGCGGACGAGAAAAAGCCCCAAGACAUUGAUAUUUUUUAG